AGAAUAACCGGUACGAGAGGCGGCCGGAUUGACCCCACCAUUCUCACCAGCAGGGGGAGAUCACGAAUCAGAGCUUUUUUUUUUUUUUUAGUCAGACUUGAAACCACCAGAUGGGGCCAGAAGAUCAGAGUAGAUCCCAUGAUGCUGUGAUUUCUGAAUUAUGUUUCCUGCCCUAAAAAUUCCAAAACCUUGUGUCUUGAGCCCACCUGUGUGCCCAGUAUCGUGGUGGAUGCAAUGAAAAAGAGAUAGAUAACCUUCUAGGCUUGCAAUGAAAACAAAUCAGGAGAAAAAGAAGUGGUGUUCCCAAUUAUAUUGGUCCACAGUAAAUGAUGUCUGAUAAUCAUCACAUAAAAGAGAUGAGCCAGACACAGGAGCUCCAACUUUGUCUUUAAUCGUCAAAAGUUGCCCCUUGACAAAAGGAUGGUAUAGGAAAAGCAACAAAGACCCUCUUCAUGAUCAAACUUUAGUCAGGCUUCUCUGAGCCCACUUCUCAACUAGGCCUCAACUUUGGCCUAUAAGAACUGCAACUUUCAGCACAAUUUCAUCCACCUGCCCCCCAACACAUACACACACUAAGAGACUUGAACAAACACCAGCGUAGUUUCUAUCAGCUCAAGGCCAUUUCCCUAGGAUGACAAUCUCAGCCCUUUUAAAAUGCCUUCCUGAGACAAUUCAAAGCUGCCAAAAGGCCAUUUCCCUAGUAUGACAAUCCUAGCCCCCCUUAAAAUCCCUUCCUGAGACAGUUCAUUGCUGCCAAAAGAAUUUACUGUUUGUUCAGGCCAAAACCUGACUACAGGCCCUGACUCCCUUCCUUACAGCAUGUACUUUAGAAAACUUGCAAUUGUAAAUUCUUUCUCUCUUCUUUUAAGAUGUAUCUUCUACAACCCAGGACUGUCUUUCUCAACAACCUGGAAGCCAUCCCUUUGUAAUGUAAUGAUCAAGAAAAAUAGGGUCCAUGUCUCCCUGUCUCUAUGGGAAGAAACGGUGAUGUCAUGAAGAGGUAACUCUGGCACCAGCUGGCAGUCAAGGCUGUAGGAGGGCAUGGAGAGUUGAAGAAAAAAGCAGUAUCUUGAGGCAGACUGGAAGAGUCAUCACAGCAUCCAAAUCGACAAGAAAACAUCAUUCCAGGGUCCUACAUGAUGGCGUACUCUGAUACUACAAUGAUGUCUGAUGAUAUUGACUGGUUACGCAGCCACAGGGGUGUGUGCAAGGUAGAUCUCUACAACCCAGAAGGACAGCAAGAUCAGGACCGGAAAGUGAUAUGCUUUGUCGAUGUGUCCACCCUGAAUGUAGAAGAUAAAGAUUACAAGGAUGCUGCUGGUUCCAGCUCAGAAGGCAACUUAAACCUGGGAAGUCUGGAAGAAAAAGAGAUUAUCGUGAUCAAGGACACUGAGAAGAAAGACCAGUCUAAGACGGAGGGAUCUGUGUGCCUUUUCAAACAAGCUCCCUCUGAUCCUGUAAGUGUCCUCAACUGGCUUCUCAGUGAUCUCCAGAAGUAUGCCUUGGGUUUCCAACAUGCACUGAGCCCCUCAACCUCUACCUGUAAACAUAAAGUAGGAGACACAGAGGGCGAAUAUCACAGAGCAUCCUCUGAGAACUGCUACAGUGUCUAUGCCGAUCAAGUGAACAUAGAUUAUUUGAUGAACAGACCUCAAAACCUACGUCUAGAAAUGACAGCAGCUAAAAACACCAACAAUAAUCAAAGUCCUUCAGCUCCUCCAGCCAAACCUCCUAGCACUCAGAGAGCAGUCACGUCCCCUGAUGGAGAAUGUUCUAUAGAUGACCUUUCCUUCUACGUCAACCGACUAUCUUCUCUGGUAAUCCAGAUGGCCCAUAAGGAAAUCAAGGAGAAAUUGGAAGGUAAAAGCAAAUGCCUUCAUCAUUCAAUCUGUCCAUCCCCUGGGAACAAAGAGAGAAUCAGUCCCCGAACUGCUGCGAGCAAGAUUGCUUCUGAAAUGGCCCAUGAAGCUGUGGAACUGACCGCUGCAGAAAUGCGUGGCACUGGAGAGGAGUCCAGGGAAGGUGGCCAGAAAACCUUUCUAUAUGGUGAAUUAUCCAACAAGAGCAAAAGUGGAGACAAACAGAUGUCCCAGAGAGAGAGCAAAGAAUUUGCAGAUUCCAUCAGCAAGGGGCUCAUGGUUUAUGCAAAUCAGGUGGCAUCUGACAUGAUGGUCUCUGUCAUGAAGACCUUGAAAGUGCACAGCUCUGGGAAGCCAAUUCCAGCAUGUGUGGUCCUGAAGAGGGUGUUGCUAAGGCACACCAAGGAGAUUGUGUCCGAUUUGAUUGAUUCCUGCAUGAAGAACCUGCAUAAUAUUACUGGGGUCCUGAUGACUGACUCAGACUUUGUCUCAGCUGUCAAGAGAAAUCUGUUCAACCAGUGGAAACAAAAUGCUACAGACAUCAUGGAAGCCAUGCUGAAGCGCUUGGUCAGUGCCCUUAUUGGUGAGGAGAAAGAGACUAAGUCUCAGAGUCUGUCAUAUGCAUCUUUAAAAGCUGGGUCCCAUGAUCCCAAAUGCAGGAACCAGAGUCUUGAAUUCUCCACCAUGAAAGCUGAAAUGAAAGAGAGGGACAAAGGCAAAAUGAAAUCAGACCCAUGCAAGUCACUGACUAGUGCUGAGAAAGUUGGUGAACACAUUCUCAAAGAGGGCCUGACCAUCUGGAACCAAAAGCAAGGAAACCCAUGCAAGGUGGCUACCAAAGCAUGCAGCAAUAAAGAUGAGAAAGGAGAAAAGAUCAAUGCUUCCACAGAUUCACUGGCCAAGGACCUGAUUGUCUCUGCCCUUAAGCUGAUCCAGUACCAUCUGACCCAGCAGACUAAGGGCAAAGAUACAUGUGAAGAAGACUGUCCUGGUUCCACCAUGGGCUAUAUGGCUCAGAGUACUCAAUAUGAAAAGUGUGGAGGUGGCCAAAGUGCCAAAGCACUUUCAGUGAAACAACUAGAAUCUCACAGAGCCCCUGGACCAUCCGCCUGUCAAAAGGAGAACCAACACCUGGACUCCCAGAAAAUGGAUAUGUCAAACAUCGUUCUAAUGCUGAUUCAGAAACUGCUCAAUGAGAACCCCUUCAAAUGUGAGGAUCCAUGCGAAGGUGAGAACAAGCGUUCUGAGCCCAGGGUAAGCAAAGAAGCUUCCAUGUCCAAGAGAUCUGACAAAGGGGAAGAACAAUGCCAGGAGCAUCAAGAACUUGACUGUAUCAGUGGGAUGAAGCAAGCGAACUGGCAAUUUAUAGAUAAACUGGUAGAAUCUGUGAUGAAGCUCUGCCUUAUCAUGGCUAAGUAUAGCAACGAUGGGGCAGCCCUUGCUGAGUUGGAAGAACAAGCAGCCUCGGCAAAUAAGCCCAAUUUCAGGGGCACCAGAUGCAUUCACAGGGGUGCAAUGCCACAGAACUAUCAAGACUCUCUUGGACAUGAAGUAAUUGUCAAUAAUCAGUGCUCUACAAAUAGCUUGCAGAAGCAGCUCCAGGCUGUCCUGCAGUGGAUUGCAGCCUCCCAGUUUAAUGUGCCCAUGCUCUACUUCAUGGGAGAUAAGGAUGGACAACUGGAAAAGCUUCCUCAGGUUUCAGCUAAAGCAGCAGAGAAGGGGUACAGUGUAGGAGGUCUUCUUCAAGAGGUCAUGAAGUUUGCCAAGGAACGGCAACUGGAUGAAGCUGUGGGAAAGGUGGCCAGGAAACAGUUGCUGGACUGGCUGCUCGCUAACCUGUGAGCUGAUCCUUGACUCCUCUUCAUCUUAGCCCCCCUAGCAGCAUUCCAUCCCAGCCAGAGCACCCCCACCAUCAGGCCAGUCAACUGCACAAUACGCAACUGUAUUUCCCAAUACACUUGAGCAGUUGCCUGUGAAUGUAAGAGGUGUCAACAAACUGGGAAAGAAAAUAAAAAAAAAAAUAAAAAUAAA